AAAGUUCUAAAUCCAUUAAAGGUUUGCACGUUCAGAGACAGAGAAGACAGAGAGACAGAGAGAGUUGCCGAAAGUCUGUGUCCAACAACCUGCUUUCUCAAAUUCGAUCAACCCAGGCAUUUGUAUUUUCGAUAAAAUGUCUUCAACGGGAGAAACGACGAUUCACGAUGCGCUGAAGCCAUGGAAGUCGCUGCUCGUCCACACGGCCAAGGUCGGCGACGCCUUCUCUCUCUUCAUGAGGACCACCCUCACCCUCUGCACCUUCGCUUCCAUCUCCCUCGUCCUCUAUUUUGUCUUCUCCACCCAGUCCCGCCUCUCCGCUUGUCCCCACUGCGACCGCGUCCGCCAGCCCUCCGCCCUCCGCUGGAUCGCCCGCGCCUCUUCCUCCGCCGAGGCUGAGGCCUCAACCAAUCUGUCCCACGUCCUGUUCGGCAUCGGCGGCUCCGCCAAGACGUGGGACGAGCGCCGCCGCUACAGCGAGCUCUGGUGGCGCCCCAACGUCACCCGCGGCUUUGUCUGGCUCGACCAGGAGCCCUCCCUCAGCAGCGGCGGUGGCCCGUCGCCAGCCGGCUCACCGCCGUUCCGGAUCUCGGCCAACACGUCGGAGUUCAAGUACACGUGCUGGUACGGGUCGCGGUCGGCGAUCCGAAUCGCCCGCAUCGUGAAGGAGAGCUUCGACCUGGGGCUUGAGGGCGUGCGGUGGUUCGUGAUGGGCGAUGAUGAUACGGUGUUCUUCCUGGAGAACCUGGUCGACGUCCUUGCCAGGUACGACCACAGCCAGAUGUAUUACAUCGGAGCAAACUCGGAGAGUGUCGAGCAGGACGUGAUCCACUCGUACACGAUGGCUUACGGCGGCGGCGGGUUCGCUGUGAGCUACCCGCUGGCGGCGGAGCUUGCGAGGGUGUUGGACGGGUGCAUCAACCGGUAUGCGGGCAUGUAUGGGUCCGACCAGAAGGUGCAGGGCUGUUUGAGCGAGAUUGGCGUGCCCAUCACUAAGGAGCUUGGUUUCCAUCAGUUAGACAUACGUGGCAACCCGUACGGCUUAUUAGCAGCGCACCCGUUGGCCCCACUGGUCUCCCUCCACCACCUGGACUACGUAGACCCCAUCUUCCCUGGCCUGGACCAGAUCGACUCGUUGAAGAAACUCCGGACCGCAUUUGAGUCGGACCCGGGCCGGACCCUCCAGCACAGCUUCUGCUACGACCUAGCCCGGAACUGGUCUGUGUCCGUGUCCUGGGGCUACACCGUCCAGCUCUACCCAUCCCUCAUGACGGCGAAAGAGCUGGAGACGGCAAUGCAGACGUUCCAGACGUGGCGGAGCUGGAGCAGCGAACCCUUCACGUUCAACACCCGGCAACUCGGCCAGAACCCGUGUGAGCGUCCUGUGGUGUAUUUCCUGGACCAGGUCCACCGGGUAGGGGACGGCCAGAUGUUGACCACGUACGUGAGGCGGCCGUCCGCGGAUGAGAAGGACUGUGACCUCCCGCAAUAUGCUCCAGCUCUGGCCGUCCAGAGCUUCAAUGUGUCGAGUUCAACGUUCAGACCAAACAUGUGGAAAAAGGCCCUGCGAAGACAGUGCUGCGAGGUAAUCAACGGCACGGACUUGACGGGCCGGACGGUCGAGGUCGAGAUUAGAGGGUGCAAGCCCAUGGAGAGUGUGACUCCCCCCGACAACAUCAAGAUUGGUUUCACAGGACCAUCUUAAAGAAGUCAAAAACGAAAGAGAAGCUCUCCCAUCCUUGGGAGGCAGCUGUUUGUGAAUUGCCCCCCUUGUAACCUUUCUUCGUGCGCUUUGUGAUUGGUCGGUUCAGUUCAGCUCGGCUAAGAGAUUAUCGGAGAAAGUGUAGGCACAGAGAUGACAACAAGUCUGAACUGCUCUUGCAGUAGAUAUACACAGUCGUGCUUGGUGACUAAUUCACGAAGGCAUUGAGAAAUGAUAGAGGAUCUAACAGGAAGUUCUGUUCUUUUUUUGUUUAAUUAUUUUCUACAUUGCUAGGGUUUAGUGCUUGUCAACAAUGGAACAUUACACUCACAUUUUAA